AGGAGGAACAUCUCGGUGUAGGGAAGAAAACCACAGUGUAACUGAGAAAAGUACGGGACUGGGUCGUGUUUUUAUACCACACAAAUCACUAGUUCAAGCCCCUGUGCUGUGUUUUGUCAUGCACACAGACCCCACGGUCUUCAGGAUGUAGCCUACUUUUAAUCUGCCUGAAUGCCAAAUAGCGGUGGGUUCACCCGCACGGGGCGACACUUCAUCUUUCCGGAGGAAACGCAAAUUUAUCGCACCAUUGUUUACGUUUUCAAUAACAUUCAAGAUGUUUCCUUUAUCUCGUACCGACUAUUUUGUCGUUUGACUUGUUGUGUGGUAUUUGUGGACUCGUGAAUGUGUGAAUAAUGGUAGAUAGACCGGCAUGGCACGUCAGAUAGAAGAACACAGGGAGAGUGACAAGGACGGGGAGAGGGAGAAAGAAAGGGGAGGGGAACUGACAUUAAAGCAACACAACAAGGAAACUACACUGCAGAGCCUCAGACGCCUUCAUUUUAUGUUUUUGAAUAAUAGCAGGAGCUACUGUGGCGAAGUGUAUCCGUGAAAUCUGCCCGGAGCUCAACCUCACAGCAGCAAGUGCCCCGAAAAGGAGCAGCUUUUCACCGAGUUGGAUUUAAAGGCGCUCUCGGACGCUUUCAGAGAUAUGGACUCAGAGCCACCCAGCUCUCCACAGGUGGUGGAGGAUGGAGGAGAGGAGGAUGAAGAGGAGCUGAGCGGAGGGGAGGAGGCAGACCUGCGCUCCAGCUCUGGCCGGGGCUCCCUGCUGACCCGGAGAGGCAUCACCCUGAGGGUCCUGCUCAAGGAUGGGCUUGUAGAGCCAGGAGACGGCGUGCUGGCCAUCCACUACCUGGGUAAGAACUUUGUAGGAGACCUGUUGACUGAUGGGAAAAUAAGAUGGGUGGAGACAGGCCAGAUCUUCAACUCCCCAAGUGCCUGGGCGACACACUGCAAACGUCUGGUCAACCCAGCCAAGAAGUCUGGUUGUGGCUGGGCGUCUGUACGCUACCGGGGCCAGAAGCUGGUCCAGUACAAAACCACAUGGCUGCACAAGUACCAACCCAGCGCAGACAUGAGCCUGGUGAGCGAGGAGGAUGAUGACGAGGAUGAAGAGGAAGGGAAGACAGCUGUACACGCAGAUGAGAAGAACAAGAACAACAAACCUGGAUUACACGACAUAAUGGUUUCACGCAGAUCAGACAGAGAGAGAAUUCCUGUCAGAUACUGCACGUUGGGCACCAGAGAUGCUACCAGAGAUCCACACACACUGGUGGAGCUGUCGGCCUUCUCAGCCAUCAACAGGUUCCAGCCUUUCAAUGUAGCCGUGUCCAGUAAUGUGCUUUUGUUAAUGGACUUCCACUGUCACCUGACCACCAGUGAGGUGGUGGGAUACCUCGGAGGCAGAUGGGAUACCAACACACAACUGCUGACAAUUCUGAGGGCUUUCCCAUGCCGGACCAGACUGGCAGAUAGAGACUCUGCGUCUGCUGUUGAGGAGGAGAUCUGUCAGAACCUGUUCAUGCGCGGUCUGUCGUUAGUGGGCUGGUACCACAGUCACCCGCGAGGUCCGGCUUUACCGUCGCUGCAGGACAUCGACUCCCAGAUGGACCACCAGCUGAGGCUGCAGGGUUCAAACAACGGCUUCCAGCCCUGCCUGGGCAUCAUCUGUGGUCCAUAUUAUCACGGCAAUCAAGGUGUGGCAUCCACAAUAACUCCAUUCUGGGUUGUACCACCACCUGAGCAACGGUCCAAUGACUAUGGUAUCCCAGUGGCUGUGGAGGUCACAUAUGUCCAGGACAACUUUCUCACCAGCGAUGUUCUUAAUGAGAUGAUGCUGCUGGUAGACUUCUACAGGGCUGCUCCCGACCUUGUCCAGUUCAGCCAGUACUGGUGUCCUGAUACGACCAUGAUGGACAAAAUAAAGGGCUCUCUGAGUUGCCAUGCUCCCAAAGACCAGGCCUACUCUCAGAUCUUAGAGCAUGUUUACAGUCAGCUGAACAACAUGCAAUGAGCGGGUGUGCUGUGUGUGUGUGUGUGUGUGUGUGUGUGUGUGUGUGUGUGUGUGUGUGUGUGUGUGUGUGUGUGUGUGUGGGGCUUCUCUUCAAUUUCAGACACCUUUUGUGCAGAGGUGACAAGACAGGAUGUACAAUGUCAAAAAACCUGCUUUUCAAAUGCCUUUAAUUCUUUGCUCUUUGAGUGCACUCAUGUUCGACAGUAAUUUGAGUUUAAAAAACCUGGAUACUUUUGGAAGUGAAAAAUCUGUGACUUAGUUAUCCACAGAAGUUUGAAAUAAAAAUGGAGAAAUAUAAAGUUGAUAAAUCAAACUAGAAAGCACUGUGUUGAGGUAACAAAAUACUGAUGUGUGUGAAAAGGACACUAAUUGUACCCUUAUCAUCGACAUGGAAUCAGCCCACCUGACUGGCCACUUACCCUUCACACAUGGACCUAUAGGUGCCUAUCUGUGGCAGUAUUCUGUGGAAAGAGCAGAUACUGCCAGGUAGGUGUACAAUGUAAACUUUCAGUGUGGCGUUGUUGCCUUUAAAGACCAAACCAAUAGUGCAGUGGUUUGGGAAAAACAUGAUAAAGAGUAAGGUAAAAACUACUACCUUAGCAAAGUAUGCAAAUGUAUCUAGGUUUGAGCUUAACUUUAUUCUGCACUUGGUUUUCUUGAAUGUUUGUGUUCCUUAUGGCUGCAAUGUGGUACUAGUUAUUCACUGUGCCAUUCAUUUUUUACCAACCUGUGUGUGUGUGUGUGUGUGUGUGUGUGUGUGAUAUGUUGUGAAAGUUUUGUAAGACAUGAGUCCUGUAGGCUAGGACAGAUAUUUGCUUCCUCUUUUUUCUGUUCUGUAUUUAUUACUAACAGUGGAUUGUGCGAUGUACAUGUAUGAAGACAGAGCAAUGCCUUAAGCCUGCUGAUGAUCCACAAAACAUUGAAAUAAACACACUGGAACUAUUUAAACAUG